GGAAUCCUAUCGCCACCCCCAACGCCGCGGAGCUCCGCUUUGUUUCCCGAACUCUCCUGUCGCUAUGCUGCCGGCGGUCGCCGCCCAUUUGCCGCGCCACCACCACCACCUUGGCCGUCGCUUCCUCCUCCGGCGCCACAGCCUCCUCCCUGCCACUCCCGCCAAGGCCUCGUGUGGCGCCGGCCGCGCAGGGCGCCUCCUCUUAGCCGGCGCGUUCGCCUCGGGCGAUGGUCCUCCGGGACAGGAUGUUGAAUACUCUGCUAGUGCUACGAGUUCUGGAUCUGCAUACCUUGGUCUCUUUGUUCGUUUGCUUGGCUUGGACAAUGACGCUCGUGAUAGGGAGCAUGCUGUUUGCACACUCUAUCAAUACUCCCUUGGCGGACGGAAGAGCCUUGAUGAGAUAAUGCAAUUCCCCGGUUGUAUAGUCCUCGUCAUUAGCCUCCUGAAGUCAGAGUCCACUCGUGCCUGUGAAGCAGCUGCAGGUCUUCUGCGUAACAUAACGUCAGUUUCAAUAUACAGGAAGAUGGCCAUUGAAAGUGGAGCAAUUGAAGAAACAAUUAGUCUUCUGUGUAAAUCGACGAUAACCCCUGAGAUGAUGGAGCAGUGUUUGUGUACCAUUUGGAACUUUUCUAUUGAUGAAAACUGGAGAUACAAGAUUAUGAGGAGUGAUGUCCUAACAAAGGUUGUUAGCUACCUAGAUGAAGAAGAUAUAAAAGUCAAAGAAGCUGCUGGUGGUAUCAUAUCAAAUUUGGCUUUAAGUUCCUCUAAUCAUGGAGCUCUGGUUGAAGCAGGUGUUAUUCCAAAACUGGUCCAUCUUUUGCAAACCAAAGAAGAUGACUAUAAGAUUAUUAGAAAGGAAGCUAGAAGUUCACUGAUACUGCUAGCCUGUGAUGAUUAUUACCACAGCCUUAUAAUAGAGGAGGGUCUAGUUCGGGUUCCUUUGGUUGGCUCAGCUGCAUAUAAAGCUUUUAAACCUCUCCCUCAUUCAUGGCCUUCUUUCCCUGAUGGCUCUGAGAUUCAACGGAGUUCUCGCCCCUCAAAAUAUGGUGCUACUGAACUGCUGCUCGGCUUGAGUGUCAAUGAGCAGGAUACAAAACCAGAUGAAGCUAAAAUUAAUGCCAUGAUAGGGCGUUCUAAUCAGCAAUUUCUUGCACGUGUUGGAGCUAUUGAGUUGGAUGAUGAAGGAAAUGAGCAAUCUGGAUCUGAAAAGAAUGACCUCUAUACCAUUUUGCCAUGGGUGGAUGGUGUUGCACGGCUAGUUUUAAUUCUUGGUCUUGAAGAUGUCUCUGCAAUUAAAAAAGCUGCUAGAGCGAUAGGUGAUGCAUCAACAAGUGAACAUAUGCGCGCCUCAUUCAAGGAAGCUGGGGCUGUUAAACCUCUACUUCAGUUGCUGAAGCACAAUGAUAUACCUGUUAGAGAAGCUGCUGCUUAUGCAUUGGAAAAAUUAAGUGUCAGUUCCACCAUCUGUCAGAAGAUCAAAGCAGAAGGUGGACUUGAACUGCUCGUAAAUACAGUGAAGGAUCCACAUACCCCAGUAAAACAACUUGAGAAGAUAAUAUCUGUACUUUCGCGAAUGUUUGACAUGGGGAUUAGUAUGGUUGCUGCGCCGGAGAGCUAUGCUCGUGAGAAUGCAAUGAGUGCUGAGAGGAAUAUUCAAGGUGAUACAGCUAGUGGAAACAGUGGAAUUUCCCAUACAUUUGUAAACCAAGAGAUGGCCAGUGAGAUGAUCUUGGAUUUUGAUGCUAUUUCACGCUUAACAAAAGUUCUGAAGGAAGCGUCCCCAAGUCUGCAAGCAAAAGUUUGUUGUGUACUGGAGCAUUUAGCAGCUUCGGAGCAACAUGCCACUUCAAUGACUGCUACUUGCACUGGUUCUGUAAUCGAAACUAUUCUGGAAAUUGGGGUUAUUCAUGGGACCAGAGCUGAUUCUGAAGACUUUGAUAACCGUUCUAGUGUAGCCACUGAAGAAGUCAGUCAGGCAGUGUCUGCAGCUGUGAGGUUACUCACAAAGUUAUUGAACUUUGAUCUUUUCGUCCGCAGCAUAAAUACUGAGAAAUUUACUUCUCUGCUAAGAAGAAUGCUCAAAUCCAGUUUUCCGCUUCAGUCAAAGGAUUGGCUUGCAGCAUGCCUUGUUAAGCUAGAAUCAAGGGCUGGCUUAUCAGGCAAUCAUGGUAUGAGUAGUAUAGAUAUGGAGAUAACUAUUUAUCAGACUAUUCCAAGGCUAGUUGAGCGAAUGAUGACCUCAUUUUCUUUUGAAAAUAAAAGAAGUGCCGUAAUAGAGCUAAACAAGAUAAUAUCAAGUGGUGUGCUGGAAUAUACAAGGGCAUUGGCUGAUACUGGGGGUAUAUUUCCACUGGUGAAAAUGCUUGAAGAGGGUGACGGGGAUGCAUUGGAAGCUACAUUAGCUAUCUUGUAUAAUCUGAGCAUGGAUCCAGAAAAUCACCCAGCAAUAAUUGCUGCUGGAGCGGUGCCUCUUUUGAAGCGGAUUAUUCUUGCCGAAGCUCCACACUGGACUAGUGCUAUUCAGUUGCUGAGAACAUUGCCUGUAUGACAUCCUUCCUGGAAGCAAAUGAGCGUCUCGCCAAAAGACAUUUUAAACCACACCUGGUGUGUGCAGCUGCUAGUUUGAGGUUGCAGCCGAGUUCAACAGGGAUGUUGAAUUUGUGACACAGAAGAACGUAUCAACAGGGAUGUCCUGACCAUGAGUUCGGAAAUGCCAGUUGAAACGACAGUAACAAAGCACACCGGGGCCUGAUCAUAAUGUCUUCUUUUGGUGAUACGUGUUGGGAAAAGUUAGAACCGUGAACCUUUUUGGCACAGUAGCAGUUUGCUGGUUGUGAACCUGCAGAAGUUCCAGUGUUGCUCGUUAACUUCGCCUGUUUUAACGCUAGAUUACCACUAGUAGUACUCUGUAAAAAAGAUGGAUAGCCUAUUUUGUAACACUAUAACAUAACCAUCCUGACCAUUGUAGCGAAUUGCUGUAACAAUAGUAAAUUGUAUAAGAUACAUCCAUAUCAUUUGUUGAGGCUAUCAUAGUCGUAGAAACCAUCUCA